AUGACAACCCCAGACAGCAACUACGAUGCCUCGGCCUCCGACUUCACCUGGCCCAACGCCAAAGCACUAUGGGUUAUGGUCAUCAUCGCCGCGGGUCUAAUCGUCCUACGCAUCGUUUACAAAGUCUGCAUGAAGAUGCAUCAACGACGGGCCCAGAGAGGGGAUGAGCAUGAAUUCGCCGAUUUGGUUGCAGAGGCCAUCGCGAGCGGUGACGAGGAGAAGUAG